GUGUUUAAAACAUGCGGCUGACGCAGCAGACCACCAGCCAACCACAGCCGACCUUGAUCCCAGCCCACAUCCGACCAUGUGCGGUUAUGUGUAACCGGGGAUUGUUCUGGAGACAAGAAUGUUCCUGUUUACUUGAAGCGUGGCGCGUGUCACGAACAGGCGCGAUGUUCUCACCCCUGUCCCGCCGGGGCCUGUGUGUUCUCGCGGUGUGUCUGGUCCCCUGGCUGACAGUAGGACAGACUACAGAUGACAGUUUCCGCGACAACAAAGGAACAGAGUUUGUCUUGUCGUUCGUCGAAAACUUCCAGCGCGCGGGACACCGGCCACAGCUUCUCAUCUCCGGCACGAGCCCGGAGCCCACGUCGGUGGUUGUUGAUGUACCACUUGUCGGAUUCACCUCAGUAGUCAACGUGAGAUUCGGCGAGGUUGCGACAGUUAAUCUCCCGCGCGAUGGUGUGGAGAUGCGGGGGAGUAGGAAAGGACGUCAUGCGGUCUCCAUUCGAGCCGAAGACGACAUCAUAGUUUAUGGUGUUUUUACUGAACGAGACUCAACCGACGGGUACCUGGGCCUCCCCAUAGACGUACUGGGGACAGAAUACCUGGUGCCUUGUAGUACGGUCACGAGUAACAGACCAGAAGAGGGGUUCGUUCAUAUUCCUUCAGAGUUCGGGCUUGUGGGAGCGUAUGACAACACCACUGUCGUCAUUGUACCAAGCCAACCUGUAGUGUUUGAGGACCAAAGCUAUGAUGCGAAGGCGAGAAUUACAACAACGCUGGGCAAGAUUGAAACGUUGCAGAUUCAGAGCAGUGACGACUUAACAGGAUCCCUCAUCAUCUCCAGUAAGCCCGUAGCUGUUCUGAGCGGGAACGUGUUCGCCAGUGUGGGGACCCGGGCCGAGGUGAGGGGCUCCGGGGCGCACAUCGCGGAGAUGAUCCCUCCCGUCAGCACCUGGGGGAAACAGUUUGCUCUGGUGCCGCUGAAGGAGAGAGACAAGGGAGACGUCUUUCGCGUCCUGGCUUCCAAAGACAAUACUCAGGUCAAUCUUACCGGAAACGUUCCACGAGUGAUACAAGCUGGGGAAUUCUGGGAAUUCAACCUGCCGUCUUACCGUUAUAAAUACCUGACUGCCAGUGAGCCGAUCCUUCUUGUGCAGUACAGUAAAUCAAAAACCGUUGACCAAGCCCGGGCCGACCCCUUCAUGAUGCUGAUCCCUGCCGUAUCACAAUAUGCCACCAACUACUCCUUCACCACAGUGGACUUUGCCGUUCUCCGCCUUGUUGGUACUUACCACCUGAACAUCGUUGUAAGCACUGCAGAAAAAAACGGACUCCGUCUGAACGACAAUCCUCUGGAUUCCCAAGUCCAGUGGACCGUUAUACCUGGAACAAAGAUGUCUGCAGCCAGACUAGAUGUGAUGUGCGGAUCCCAUACCUUAGUCCACGUGUCCCCCGGGGUGACGUUCGGCGUGUCUCUGUACGGCUUCACAGACUGGGAUGGGUACGGCUACCCCGGGGGUCUGCGUCUCACCGCGGGGGCCUGGUGGGCCGGCACGCCCCAGGGUGUGGAUGCUGGGCCAAAUAUCAACGACAAGGAAUUUCUCAUAGAUCCGCAAUACAACAGGGAAGACAUUAGAAAUAUGGCACCAACAGAUAUCCCGCCUGAAGCUGUUCAGUGGAAGGACUACACGGAAUCUAAAGUUCUAAUCAUUGGAUUUUGCGCCAUGCUAUUAGUACUUGUUAUAGCUGCUCUGAUUCAAAUACAAAAUAGGUGUAAAGACGAUAUCUCCUCUACAUCAAUGGAAGUGCUUGAGUUAGAAGAUCCAAGUAGUGACCAUUAGGAACAUUUCAAAUGCUAGAUAGCGCAACGCACCCAGUAUAUGCAAAUCGGUUUACAACGGGCGGCAUCGAUGGAUAUGAAUUAUGCAAAUUAUAACUUAAUUGGCAUACCGAAUGAAAUAAGCAUGAUGCCUUAAGGUAGUGACAAUUGAUAAUAUCAAAUAUGCUUAUAAGAGACUUCACUGAAUACCAUUUGCAUUGCAAUGAGACGAAAUGACACGCUGAAGGUAUGAGGUCUUGGAACUCUAGUUGCACUUUGACUUUGACCGAAACACAUUUUUU